AUUGCUGAUACUUAAUAUAUGACUACCUGUGAGUAGUUUGCCAGCACACACGUAUUUGUGAUUUUUCAGCUCUCCGGUAGGCAGACGUCCACGAACUCAACAAUCAACAGAAUCUUCCAGCAAAGGCGUAUUUCGUCAUGGAGUGCAGAUGUAUUUGUGUGUGUAUAGCGUUUACAGCGAUCAUGUUUCCGAUUCCGGUGGAGACUGGAAAUAUAUUGAUAUUGGUGCUUCCACUUUGGAGCCACGUCAAACCCACACUCACUGUAGCCACAUCACUUGCAAAUAAAUAUGGACACCAUUCAACUUUUAUCCUAAGCAAAGAAUUUGCAAAUAAAGUGAAGGAAGACAACACUACUAGUGUUAUAGUACCAGAAGCGUACAAAAAUUUCAGCGUAGUUGCAAAGGAUUCCAUAGAUGAUGCAUGUAAUAAGAUGCCGCCAUAUUUCAAAUUUAUAACUAUCGUCAAUAAUGUAUGCCAUGCUCUGCUCUCAGACGAAGCUCUGUUUAAAGUUUUACAACAGCAGAACUUUGAUUUGGCUUAUAUUGAUAAUGUAAUGAUAGCGGACUGCUUCACAGUUCUCGCCUACAAACUAGGAAUCCCUUAUGUGCAGCUUGGUGUCAUGCACACACCUGUCAGGACAAGAAUACCGUUUAUGCCAUCUGUGCAUCCUGCCUUCGCUCUCCUUGGUUUCCUUGACGAAAUGUCGUUCAUUCAACGAGUAGUCAAUACACUCUUUUCGGUGGUGAUGGCUGUUUCACCUCAGGUGAUUUUCCCGACCGAUUUGGUUGCGACGUAUGUUCCAGAAAAGCCAUUUGUGCCGUUAGAGGUCUUACAUAGACGCACGGCGUUUCAUCUUGUCGACAUGGACUUUGUACUGGACUUUCCAAGACCGUUGAUGCCCAAUGUAGCAUUUGUUGGAGGAGUUGGAACCGAGAAACCCAAACCCUUGCCAUCUGACCUGAAUUCUUACAUGGAUUCUGCAACUAAUGGAGUCAUUGUAGCCUCGUUUGGGAGUAUUGCCAACAGUCUCCCUGCAUCUAGGAUGGAAAUACUUAUUAGUGUAUUUAAGAAAUUCAAAAAUGUAAAAUUCGUGCUAAGGUAUGAAAACGAGACAAAAGAGGAUGGUAAUAUCUUACUGAUGCCGUGGCUGCCCCAAAACGAUCUGCUAGGACAUCCCAACACCAAGGCGUUCAUCACUCACUGUGGCAGUGGCGGCCUCUAUGAGGGGCUGUACAACGCAGUGCCGAUGAUUGGCCUCCCCUUCUUGACAGAUGGAUUUUACAACUGUCGUAAAAUGGUUUUUAAAGGAUUUGGUAUUUCUUACGAUUUCUGCAAAUUUACAGAUUUUGAAUUAUCGAAUGCCAUACAGGAAAUUCUUGAUAAUCCCAAAUAUGGCGUGAAAAUUAAAAAAGCGUCAAACAUUUUCCAUGGUCAACAGGGAACGCCCAGUGAACGUUCUGCGUACUGGAUUGAUCACGUGAUCCAACAUGGUGGCGACUACCUCCAAACACCGGCGACUGACAUGCCUUUAUAUAAAUAUUACCUUCUGGACGUCUUGCUGUUUAUAACUUUGGUGACGUUUCUGAUUAUUUGGUGCUGUGUGAGGUCGAUCAGAGCUUGCUGUAGAUGUUGCUGCAGAUCAAAAAUCAAAGUUGAUUGAAUACCUAGGCGUGCAAUGUCCGACUAAGGUACACAUAUUUGUUUCAAAAAAUGAUUUUCAGUCUUACACAGUUCAAAACCACACACAUCUAUACUCGAAAUAGUGCAUAUAACUACUAUGAUGCUUUUCCAAAUUUUGAUUUACGCAAGGGUCAAUUGCUAAUGAACGUAAUUAUAAUCAAAUAUGAGUAGGCGGGACUUUAUUCUUGCCAACGCGCCAAUCAACUAGCAAGCACGUGUAAAAUUUGCCAAGAAAUGAAACCGCUUACACAACACAGGGAAUGAGAUCAGCCGUGGAAGAAAUCGAUUUUGAUUUGUCCUCAUCACGUGGAAGGUCUUUCUGAUAUCUAUGAACUACCACUCCAAUCUAAUCGAGUGUGAUUUACUCGCUUCUGCGACAAGAGCUCGCGUCAUCUCCCCGUUGAAAAAGCAUUGUACACGUUACGGCAUAUCAACAUGAUAGUGUCGGACGGAGGUCCGCUAUUUACCAGUCAGGAUUUUCACAAUUUGGUUCAUCGAAGGGAAAUUACUCACGUAACAUCUUCCCACAAUGAACCAACAGGCGAACAAGAAAGCCGAGCCAGCAGUCAAUGUCAUGAAAACUCUUCUUCGUAAAACUCUUUCUUUAUGAUGACGAAGACCAACCAGCCAUACUAAAGCAAAGUAAUAAUCGCCUCUGGACACGGGCGUAAGUGCAACUCAGUUGAUAUUUGGGAGGAAAACUCGUUGUUUGAUUCUUAGUGUCGUCAGUGUAUCUUAUGUGAAUCAACUGACUAAGACCGAGUACCAUGUGAAACGUGAAGUGCGUAAGAGAGCCGUAACGCGGACAUUUGAUAGAAAUCGCGUUCGCAUUCCGAACUAAGCGUCAGAUAAAUUACUUUUCAAAUAUAUUGAUGGAGAAAAAUGGAUAUAUGGGACCGUAAAGGAAAUAAUUGACCCGAAGACGUACAUCAUCAGUAGUCAAAAUGGUGGUGCAUUUCGCGGGAAACCUCGUACAUAUGAGACCGACAUCCGUUGUGCUUUGCCUCCAAUUAUUAUAUCUUUCUCCAGUCGUUAAUAUUUGUCAAUUGAAGGGCUGCUUCUCCUCAUUUUCCAUUUGUGUGGCGUCUCAAUCAUGAUUGUAUACAGUUUUGUCGGCUAUUUAUACCCUUCCUUUUGCAUUACGGGUAACAUGUUUAAAGCAUGACAUCUCCAAUAUAAAUACAGCACCCAAGUCAUAUGUAUAUAAAGCCAUUUAAUGUCUCUGUCAUUCGUUGCGAACACGAGUCAUCCCAUCCCAUACAGUUUGAGGCCUUUUCUAAAAUUGGGGAAAACAUGAUUAUCUAAUAUAUUAUUUGUUAUUAUUUAUCAACAAUAUACACCAGUGACUUGUUGAAAACUAUAUUAGUGUAUUUUAGCCUGGAAUUCAGAUUAAUAUAGCAUGUAUUAUAUAAUGACUGUGUAUUGUACAUGUUUGGAUAUUAUGUAUUCUGCUUUGUCAUCACAAAACCUGUUUGUUACCUAUAACGACGGCAACAAUAAGCUCCAAUGAAUACAUGUACACAUCGUUUCUUUUGAUCUUCAUUAUAUGAUACAUUAAAGCAACA